AUGCCUCCAAAACGCCGCAUCGCGGCGUCAUCCGCAGGCCCCAGAGAGAAGCGAGCCCGCCAAUCUAAACUAGCCAAAGAGAACGACAUAACUGGAAAUGAAGAAGCCGAAAUCAAAGAAGCAUUCCACCUCUUCUCCUCCAAUAGUGACGAAUACCCAUCCGAGAGAGAAGGCGUGAUUAAAACCAGAGAUGUCCAUCGCGCACUCAUAGCACUAGGCCUCCCCCCAACGAACGCAACAGAGUUAUCCUCUAUCAUUGCCGCCGUGGACCCCAACUCCACCGGCCUUGUCACAUAUGAGCCCUUCCUAUCCCUCUGUGCGUUGAAACUGCACUCGCGAUCCAAAGACGCUAUGUCUGCUGAAGUCGAGCAUGCCUAUAAAUUGUUCACGCGUGGCACAGCGGGGCCGAUAUCAGUGGGGCAUUUGAGGAAGGUGGCACGUGAUUUGAAAGAGGAUGUGAGUGAGGAGUUAUUGAGAGAUAUGAUUAGGGAAGCGAAUGGCGGGGACGCAUUGCAUGCCGGUGUCUCAUUAGAACAGUUUAGGGAGGUUAUGAUGCGAGCGGGGGUGUCUUGA